AUGUUUGCAUCGAGAUUUGACCCUAGUCAAUUGAAUACUCCUGCUGCUAGCACACCCGAAGAAACCAUCAGGCCUACUCCUGGGGCCAUUGUGCCUUUAAAGAGGCAAGCUACUGGAUCUGAUGAUGAAGACGAUGACUUUCGCCAAGAUUCUAAUGAGAGCUCCAGUAGUUCAGAAGAAGAUGAGGACCGUAUGCAAAUAGAGUAUGGGGCUGAUGAAGAAGAUUCUAGUGAGGCAGAAGGGAAAGAGAGUAAACCAAGUACCCAUAGCACAGUGCUAUCGAGAUUCAAGCAAACAGUAUCAUUGCAAGAUAAGCUGAAUGUUUCUGAUAUUGCCGGGAACAAUGAAGACGAAAGGCUCGAGGAUUACACAGCUUCAACACACCAACUGGAACAAAUUCCUCAACCAGAAUUCGUCAAAAACCCAAUGAACUUAAAUAGAAAUUCAUUACAGUUCAAAUCUACGGGUUGGUUAAACACUGAGAAGAUAUAUUAUGAUAAUUUCUUGAUCAAGCCGUUCUCUGAUUACGGAAAUGAACUGGAAGCAAAACUAUUACAGAAUAUUUGCAAGAAUUUCUCUAUAAACACUUUUCCUAUUCAAUCAAUCAUCCUGGACUCCAUAUUACCAGUAUUGAACUUCACUUUGAGCAUAUCUAAGAGAAACUUUACCAGAAGAAUCGGUGAUAUUCUUGUAAAUGCGGCUACUGGCUCAGGUAAAACUUUGGCCUACUCCAUUCCUAUUGUUCAAACGCUGUUCAAGAGGCAAAUCAACAGACUGCGUUGUCUAAUUAUCGUCCCCACAAAACUACUGAUCAAUCAAGUUUACACGACGUUGACAAAGCUAACUCAAGGGACGUCGCUCAUUGUGAGCAUUUCCAAAUUAGAAAAUUCCUUAAAGGAUGAACAUAAAAAAUUAUUAAAUUUGGAACCUGAUAUCUUAAUCACUACUCCCGGUAGGUUAGUAGAUCAUCUAAAUAUGAAAUCGAUAAACUUGAAGAACCUAAAAUUUUUGAUUAUUGAUGAAGCUGAUCGUCUUUUGAACCAAUCCUUUCAGGGCUGGUGUCCAAAACUAAUGUCCCAUUUAAAAACAGAUAAAUUAGAUACAUUUCCAGGGAACGUAAUUAAAAUGAUCUUUAGUGCAACAUUAACUACCAAUACAGAAAAGUUAAAUGGUUUAAACCUUUACAAACCAAAGCUAUUCUUGAAGCAAACCGAUAAAUUGUACCAGCUACCUAACAAAUUGGAUGAAUUUAACAUCAAUAUUCCCACGGCGAAAAGUGUUUACAAGCCAUUGAUCUUGUUGUAUUCAGUAUGCCAAUUCAUCACACAUUCACCCACUGCCGCAAAGAUUUUGAUUUUCGUUAAAUCAAACGAAUCGUCUAUCAGAUUGAGUAAACUAUUACAACUUAUCUGUGAAUCUCGCUCACAAUCGAACAUGUUAAAAAACCUUCAAAAUUUGGAGAUGAGCAUUAAUUCUGUCAAUUCGAACAACUCCAAGUCAGAAAAUAGAAAAAUUGUUGCAAACUUCUCACACCAUUCGGAAAACGCAGGCAUUACCAUUCUAAUUACCACCGACAUCAUGUCCCGUGGUAUCGAUAUUAACGAUAUCACCCAAGUCAUAAAUUAUGACCCACCAAUGUCUUCACAACAAUACGUCCAUCGUGUUGGUAGAACAGCAAGAGCUAACGAAGUUGGAUCCGCUUAUAACUUACUAGUAGGUAGGGGUGAAAGAACGUUCUUCGAUGACUUAAACAAAGAUCUAGAUAGAGACGGUAAGACAGUCAAGCCACUAGAGCUUGAUUUCGCCCUACUGGAAUCUGAUUCUGAGCUCUAUUCCUCGUCUCUAGAAAGUUUGAAAAACUAUCACAAUAACACCGCACAAGUUUAA